AUGGUCGACUCAUCUCAACAUGGUCGACUCAUCUCAACAUGGUCGACUCAUCUCAACAUGGUCGACUCAUCUCAACAUGGUCGACUCAUCUCAACAUGGUCGACUCAUCUCAACAUGGUCGACUCAUCUCAACAUGGUCGACUCAUCUCAACAUGGUCGACCAUCUCAACAUGGUCGACUCAUCUCAACAUGGUCGACUCAUCUCAACAUGGUCGACCAUCUCAACAUGGUCGACUCGGACAUGUU